CCACCACAAAACCCUCGCUCCCGUGUCUGUCUCCUGUGAUCUCCUCCUCAGCCACAUUCUUCUCUUCAUUUCCUUCCACUUUUCUCUGCCUGAAAAGCCUUCAAAUCCGAUCUUCCUUUUCAGUUUUAAUCACCUUUCUUGUUAGCUAUGAUCGUCACCAAGCUUUUCUCACGCGCCUCCCGCGGCAUUUGCCGGAGCUCGCUUCUCUCCUCGGCCUCGCAAUCCAAUCAAACCGCACACUUCUCGCCAAUUCUAUCCAAUCGCUUUCACUGUCUUGCUAACGAAUCCAUCAAUAAGGUCUAUUCUUUUUCUGAUCAGGAAUCAGCGUUUCAUAAUUCAUUUUUCCUUCAUAAAUUCGGAUUAUCAACGUUUGCAUCCCCUGAGAUUCCUGAUAAGGAAAAUGGUGAUUCUGUACGAAGUAAUGGCAGCUCUUCUGCUGCUGCAGAGCCGACGGCUGAAUCUAAUGGUCAGACCAAAGAAUCAGAUUCUGAGAGUGAUGACAAUCUUACCAUGGAUGAUCUGGUGAAAGUUGUGGCUGAGAAGGAAGAGCUUUUGAAAUUAAAGCACAAAGAGAUUGAACAAAUGCAAGAUAAAGUUGUUCGCACUUAUGCCGAGAUGGAGAAUAUAAUGGCCAGGACAAGGCGUGAAGCUGAGAAUUCGAAGAAGUUCGCUAUUCAGAAUUUUGCAAAGGGUUUACUGGAUGUCGCAGACAAUCUAGGACGAGCUUCAUCUGUUGUCAAGGAAAGUUUUUCAAAGAUUGAUUCAACUAAUGACUCUGCUGGGGCAGUGCCCCUAUUGAAAACCCUUCUUGAAGGUGUUGAAAUGACUGAGAAGCAGCUGUCUGAGGUGUUGAAAAAGUUUGGAGUGGAAAUAUUUGACCCUACAAAUGAGCCAUUUGAUCCACAUAGGCACAAUGCAGUUUUUCAAGUACCAGAUGGUUCUAAGCCUCCCGGUACUGUUGCUGCUGUAUUGAAGAAAGGAUACAUGCUUCAUGAGCGAGUACUUCGACCUGCUGAAGUCGGUGUUACUAGAGCUGUGGAGAAUGAGGAUGGAGCGUGAAGGGAUUGGUUGGAAGGAUGGAUAUCCAAUUCAAAUUGUUUCCUCUGAAAAGAGUUUUGGUAUGCGGAAUGUUCUUCGGUAGAGAAGAUAUCUAAUCUAGACUUCCUGUUAGAUGCAGAGGAAGAGGAAAACAAUUCAUUGCUUUGAUAAACUUUGAUUUUGUUGUGUAUUUAGAGAGAGAAAGAGAGAGAGAUAUGUGAGGGUAUUUCUGUGCUUUCCUCGUAUCAGUUCAAAUUCAGAACAUGUAUAAUGAAUACCAUAAGCUUCAUGUGUAAACAUAUUCUCGAGGCAUUUUUCUUUUGGUUAGAAAGUUACCAAAGGGUGCUUCUUGACGAGGAUGAA